CUGCUCCAGCGUCUAGAGUUCAAGUUCAAGUGAAUAGAAAAAAAAUGGCGAACAUUGCUAAACUGAUUGCCGGUCGGGCACAAAAUGUGCUCCAGAUGGCUGCUAGACAGCCCCAACUAGCCACAGCCUCGCGUUUUGCCAGCACGGCCAACAACUGGGAAUACAUUAAGACUGAAGUUGCUGGCGAGAAGAAGAACGUAGCUGUUAUCACCUUGAAUCGCCCCAAGGCCUUGAAUGCUCUUUGCAAUGGCCUGAUGAAGGAGUUGUCUACAGCGUUGCAGGGAUUCGGCAAAGAUAGCAGCAUCGCUGCCAUCGUGCUGACGGGCAGUGAGAAGGCCUUCGCCGCUGGUGCUGACAUCAAGGAGAUGGCCCCAAACACCUAUUCCCAGUGCAUUCAGGGUAACUUCCUGAACGACUGGACCGAGGUUGCGCGCACCCAGAAGCCAAUCAUCGCUGCCGUCAAUGGUUAUGCUCUCGGUGGUGGCAACGAACUAGCGAUGAUGUGCGAUAUCAUAUAUGCUGGCGAGAAGGCAAAGUUCGGCCAGCCUGAAAUUGCUUUGGGAACCAUUCCCGGUGCCGGAGGCACUCAGCGCUUGGCACGCGCCGUUGGCAAGUCUAAUGCCAUGGAAAUUUGCCUCACUGGGAACAUGGUGGGCGCUCAGCAGGCUCAGCAGAUGGGCUUGGUCAGCAAGGUGUUCCCUCCAGAUCAGUUGUUGGCCGAGGCCAUCAAGACAGCCGAGAAAAUUGGCACACACUCGAACCUUAUUAUACAGUUGUGCAAGGAGGCGGUCAACACUGCCUACGAGACGACCCUGCAGGAAGGUUUAAAAUUCGAGCGUCGCACUUUCCAUGCCACGUUCUCAACGGCCGAUCGCAAGGAAGGCAUGCAAGCGUUCGUGGAGAAGCGUCCGGCUCAGUUCAAGAACGAGUAAGGAAAUAUGGGAAAUUUCCAAGCCAGCAUUGCAUUUAUAAUUCAUAGCUCAAAGUCCAAUUCCUUAUACUACUAACUAAUUAUACAAUUUGUCUGUUAUUUGUACGCAAACAAAAAAAGGGAACGAUUUCAGAAAAAACAAAACAUUUUAAUUUCGGCUUAAGCCACAAAAGUUGACUUUUGAAUAAAUUGUUAAUAUAAAUAGUUAAA